GCUGUGACUCUAUUAAAGACCAGUGUCCCACUCCUUCUUCUGUCUUUUUGAUUAUUUUUAAUAAAAAAAAAUUAUUUUGGUGUAACUGGAGAAGAAGACUAUGGGAGGUUGUACCUCCAAGCCCUCCACCUCCGUGAAACAUAUUCCUCACGCACCAAGUGAAGCUAUUCCUCAAAAUGUCGAUUCUACCCCUGCCCAUCUCGAGAACUCACCUGCUCGUACCUCAACCGCCGUAAAGGCUUCUCCUCUCUUCCCCUUCUACACUCCAAGCCCCGCCAAACACCGCCGUAACAAGAGCGUAGGAGGGGAGAGCAAGAGCGUCACCAGCACUCCGCUCCGUCAGCUCGUGCGUGCUUUCCACCCUCCGUCUCCGGCGAAACACAUACGGGAUGUUCUGCGGCGGAGGAAGGGGAAGAAGGAGGCUACUCUCCCGGCGGAGGGUAAGUCCGAGGAGGAGGAGGAGGUGGGGCUGGACAAGAGAUUCGGAUACUCAAAGGAGUUUGAGAGUAGGAUGGAGUUAGGGGAAGAGAUAGGGAGAGGGCAUUUUGGGUACACUUGCUCUGCUAAGUUCAAGAAAGGAGAGCUCAAGGAUCUUGAGGUUGCUGUUAAAGUCAUCCCUAAAUCUAAGAUGACAACUGCAAUAUCUAUAGAGGAUGUGAGAAGAGAAGUAAAAAUCCUGAGGGCAUUAUCUGGACAUAACAACCUUGUGCAAUUCUAUGAUGCUUUUGAGGACAAUGACAACGUAUACAUCGCCAUGGAGUUAUGCGGAGGUGGUGAACUACUUGACAGAAUACUAGCAAGGGGAGGGAAAUACUCAGAAGAUGACGCAAAAGAAGUGCUUGUACAGAUCCUUAACGUUGUAGCUUUCUGCCAUCUCCAAGGAGUUGUUCAUCGAGAUCUUAAACCAGAGAACUUCUUGUACACUUCUAAGGAGGAGAACUCUCAGCUAAAAGUCAUAGACUUUGGUUUAUCAGACUUUGUCAGACCACACGAGAGACUAAACGAUAUCGUGGGUAGCGCAUACUACGUAGCCCCUGAAGUUCUACAUAGAUCUUAUACCACUGAAGCGGAUGUAUGGAGCAUAGGAGUGAUAGCAUACAUUCUCCUAUGUGGAAGCCGUCCCUUUUGGGCAAGAACUGAAUCAGGAAUCUUCAGAGCAGUUCUAAAAGCUGAUCCGAGUUUCGAUGAACCUCCUUGGCCUUCGUUGUCCUUGGAGGCAAAAGAUUUUGUUAAGCGGCUUUUGUAUAAAGACCCACGGAAAAGAAUGACUGCCUCUCAAGCUUUGAUGCAUCCUUGGAUCGCUGGUUGUAAAAAGAACAUGAGCAUCCCAUUUGAUAUUCUGAUCUUCAAGCAGAUCAAAGCAUACUUGAAAUCUUCUUCUUUGCGCAAAGCUGCUUUGAUGGCUCUGUCAAAGACGUUAAUUACAGAUGAAGUUCUUUAUCUGAAAGCACAGUUUGCACUCUUAGCACCCAAUAUAAAUGGUCUCAUCACUUUGGAUAACAUCACAUCGGCACUUACUAUAAACGCAACAGAAGUAAUGAAGGAAUCACGCAUCCCUGACUUUCUUGCAUUGUUGAAUGGACUUGAAUGCAAAGGAAUGGACUUUGAAGAGUUUUGUGCAGCUUCCAUCAGUGUUCAUCAGCACGAGUCACUUGACUGCUGGGAGCAGAGCGUUCGCCAUGCCUAUGAGCUCUUUGACAUGAACGGAAACCGAGUCAUCAUCGUCGAAGAACUCGCUUCCGAACUCGGUGUUGGAUCAUCAAUCCCUGUACAUACCAUUCUACAUGACUGGAUAAGGCACACUGACGGAAAGCUAAGCUUCUUGGGGUUUGUCAAACUGUUACACGGUGUCUCUACUCUACAGCCUUUAGCGAAAACAGGAUGAGUAGGAAAUGGAUGUCAAGACAUUUACUGAUCUUGUUAUUGAACUAGAAAAUGGAAUUGUAUUAAGACACAUUCCCAUGUUUAUACUGCAAAAGUUC